AUGGUGAAUCAUAUAAUGGCCGCCGUGCCAAGGAACACGCACAAAAUGGCGACUACCAUCACACCAACAACAGUUCAUGUCUCCGCUGAUCUUCCUGACCCACGCCACGCAGCUGCCGAUCUUCCAGAGCCAGCAAAAUGGCGACAUUGUAACAGAUGGAGGACGAAAAAAAGGACUGUAAUCAAGUACCAUGACAAACUUGUCUCAUGUUAUAGUGUCAUUCUCUGGAAAGAUCGUGUUGUCUCUGUUAUGGCGGCAGUAAAAGAGAGCACAGAGGAAGACAAAGAGGUAGAAUCUUCCUCUGACACUCAAGAUUUGACAAGCACAUCUUCUCCCAACAACAACAAUAACAGCUUGGAUCCACCAGAGCCCCUGCCCUUGGACAGUCACCAAAACCCUUUAAAUGGAGUCCAGCCGAACCCAUUUGUCUGUGGUAGCGUUCCUGCUGCCCCCAGCACAAACGACUCAUUGCCUUCAGGAGCACUUGUUAAUGGAGCUGCUUCACACUGUACCUCAGAGGAGUCCUGCGUCCACAACAAAGACAUGUCCCCUCUGCCCGGGACAGACACUAGCCCUGAGGUGUUACCGCCUCCCAGUGAGCUUCAAUCAGACACCCGGCAGAAAGCAGAAGGGUGCGCCCUAAAAGUGCAGCCCGCACGGGCCUCAUCUGAAUCAAACAACAGUGACGGUGAGGCCCCCCUAGAUGUGCUGGUGGGGGAAGGCUUGGAUAACAGGCCAAUCAGCCGACUGUUGGCUAGAAAGGAAAUCAAAGCAGGGUGCUUAUGGGACUUUGAUUCUGAGUUGUCAGAGAGUUCUUCUGAUGACUGUGAUGGUCUAACUUGGGGCCUGCAGGAGAAGUUCAUGCGGAUAUUGUUGAAAAGCAGUGUAGCAGGUGAUGGGGUAAGAACAAAGGUGGAGAUUGAUGGAGCUCCACCUGCCAACCAAAGACGGAGGAUGCGUAAAAAUCAUGCCAUGGAGAGGGCUGACACUGGAGGACAGGUUUAUGAUGGCUUUGAUUACGCAUCCCAGAAUUCCCUAUCUGACGAAGACUCCGAUUUUGAGUCGUCCAUUAACAAAGAACAUGCCUUCAGGAAAGAGCCGGAAAGUUUGAAAGCAUAUGCCGGCUUGCGCCUGGAGAAAUUCUGCGACAAGUCAGCUGCCAUGAAGGAGCUAAUUUCAAGCGAGAAGGAAGAGAGAUGUGAUGAAGGCGGCAGCGACGUAGAAACAAACACCUACAUGGGUGAAAAAUCGGCACGGUUAAAGACGGAGACAAAAACAGGCGAAGAGCUGUCCUUCUUCCCGUGUUCAAAGUGCAACGAUAAUUUCAAGGAGAAGAGGCAUUUGCAUAGGCAUAUGAUGUAUCAUUUAGAUAGGAAUAAAAAGGUGAGACAAGAACACGUUCCCCGACCCUUUAUAUGUAGAGAGUGUGGGCGUUCAUUCCGAGACCUAACCUCUCUGCAAAAGCACAUUAUAAUCCACCAGGUGCAGAGGGAGAGGCUGAUGGAGGAGAUUAAAGGUUUCAGUAAGAUAGAUGUCGAGGGAAGAAGAGCUUGCCUCCAGUGUCCCCAGUGUGUCUUUGGAACGAAAUGCCCCAAAACUUUCGUCCAUCAUGGCAAAACUAAUGAGAAGGAGAAGUUGUCUUAUAGCUGUGAGGAAUGUGAUCACAUGACUACGACUACAAUGGAGGCACACGAGUGUACAUCUCACCACAACACAUGUGGCAAGACUGGCAACUCUUUUGUAUGUCAAAAUUGCACAUUUACAAGUACGAAUAGAUAUAGUCUCAGAAAGCAUAUGGAGCUCAUCCACGGGCAGCCAUAUUAUGAGAGUUAUGAAGCUCAACCACACCGCAAUAUGGAUGAUCACAUAAAAGCUUUGUUUGACCAACCUAAAACCAAGGACUCAUCUUUACUGAUGCCAAAGAUUCAAAGCACAGAGAAGUGGUCUGUUAGGGACAGAGGUGAGCUGCCCUUUAGGCCCAAUGGCUCAGCUGACCUUAAUGUGAGAAGCAAACAAACACAAAAAGCCUGUGACGGUUUCAGCUCCUCGCUGAUCAAAUGGAGCCCUGGCAGCCCAGCAAACAAGCUGUCACCAUUCUCACUGAGAAGUGACAAGCCAAGCAAAUUAUCCCCUCUGCCUACAGAGAAAAUAGACGUGACAACAGGUCUCCCGUAUGUCGAAGAAGACAAUCAAGAAUAUGAAAGCGCUGUCUCAGAAAAGAGGACAAAAUAUCUUUCCAGCUUUGACGUACAUCUUACAACGAAAACAGAGAUCGUGAGUAAAGCAGCCUGUCUGAACCCUGGCACUGAGAGCCAUCCCAAAGAUCCUUCAACUGGCAGUACUUUAGCGCUGCAACCGCUGAGGCACAAAAUACCAUCUAAAAGAAAAAUGUCAAUCCCGUAUCGCAACACCCAUGCCAAUAUUCCUCAUGUGCGUCUUCCAAAAUGUGAGCCUGAGUCUCCACAAUGGGACUCAAGUACACCACAAGAGGGAGAUGACAAUGAAGGUGCUCAGGAUUUCAGCGACUGCACCAAAGAUCAGUUUUAUAGCAAUACCACCAGUGAUUAUUUCAUCCCUCUCAACAACAACAUUUUGGACUAUUCCAAUCUUAAUAAUCCAGACAAUAGCAGAGUGGAGGACAGUGAUGAUAUUUGUACAUUUAUAGUGAAGGAGGAGUGUAUUGAGAGUAUAAUAAGUGAGGAUAACCCUGAUCAGGUUGUUUAUCAGCAAAGCGAUCCUUAUGCAGAGUAUAUUGUCAACCCUUUGUCUAUGGUCGGCAGGAAGUGCUGUCCCUACUGCCCCGCAGUGUUUGAGUCUGGGGUGGGCUUGUCUAACCAUGUGAGAGGACACUUACAUAGGGUUGGGCUGAGUUAUGAUGCUCGUCACGUGGUGUCACCUGAGCAAGUGGCAUCUCAGGACCGCCAGCCUCGCAUACGCAGAAAAAUUCCCUCAGUGAAUCGCAGAAUCAGAAAAGAUAAGCCAGAGUCUAAAACCGAGCACACCUGUCCGCUGUGCCUGGGCUGGUUUGACACUAAGACCGGCCUCUCCAAUCAUGUGCGGGGUCACCUGAAGCGGAUUGGCAAGCCUAUUUCGGGUGCUAGCAAGUCACCUCUCUGCAUUCUGACAGAACUUCUUCAGGAUGAGGAGGAGUACAGGAACAUUAUGAGGGUGUUUGGUUCCAGACCGCACUUAUCAAAACCUUUUGUCUCUCAAAAGUUUGCCAGCAGCGAUGGACUGUUUCUUACAUCCUCUGGCAUUCCCAUGAAGAUCCAUCAUGCCACGGGCACACCAGACCAAGAGCAAUGGACUAUGAUCAGGUCCCCCCAGGUCGACAGGGAGAGGAAGAGGGCCGAUGAGGUCCGAUCUAGCACUUUAGAGGAUCUUCUGGGAAAUACGAAAGUGGAGCAGGAAAUGGAGGAUGAGGAUGCCGGGACUCCUUUGACCAUCUCCUACACUAGUGGCAGUAUACCCAGAUCGCCAUCUGUGAAGCUGGAUCCUACCUGGAGCCAAGAGAAGUUUGCAGUGAAUAAGAAGAUCUGCAUCCACUGCAACACAACGUUCCACAGCGGCGUAAGCCUGUCCAAUCAUCUUCGAGCGUAUGCGAGACGGAAGAAAAUUGCCUUAGUAGAAGGAACAACAUAUGAUUGUAAACAGAAGAGGCCGAGAUCAAGGCCUGGGCCAAAAAGGAAGGCGUUUUCAUCUUCACACGCCGCCUCUGAAGUGAUCUACAGAAUGACCUGCAGGUUCUGUGAUCUGAUCUUCCAGGGUCCUCAGUCUAUUCAGGAAGACUGGAUCAAGCACUUGCAGAGGCAUCUUAUGCACACGAGUAUCCCCGGCGUGGGUGCAGGUAUGGUGGAGGUUUCAGCGCUGUGUAAAGAGCUGUGUUCCCCAUCUCCCCCCGAGCGCCUGCUCCUGGAUACACACCCUCCUCUCAGUCUGCCUGAGGGGGUCUCCUAAGCCACGUUUACACACCAGCUACGCUCGCUGUACACCUGUUCUGCACAUGUUCAUAAACAAAUACACAUAUAAUACUGCAUAUACAUCUCUAUAUAUGAAUACAGAAUAGAUAUAUAUAUAAUAUAAAUGAAAGAUUUUCUUAUAUUGCAUAUUAUUAAUUUUUCUCUUUGUUUUAUAUCCCAAUUUUAUUGUAUCGAUCUUCGGUUAUUCUUAAGGGCAUGCUAUUUGCAACAUAGAUUUAGAGUUCGGCUAUAUUUAUAUCUUGGAUGUGCACAUUAGGCAGUCUCGCUGUAGACUGCAAUUCUUGCAAGUCUAAAAUCCAGCAGCUAGAUUUUAGAAACUAUCCAAGAUAGUAGAAUUCAGAGGUCACUGUUUAGAACAUGGCACUAUGACUAUCAAGAUCAAGGUCACUUGACUUAAUGCUAUUUACUGUAAUUUUGCGCCGCAAAGUUUAUUUACACUGACAAAAAACAUGUAUAACCAAUUUUUAAGAGAGUAUAUUAACAUAAUAAUAUAUCUACAGUAGUGCUUUAUUUCUGGUUAAAAAUUCUUAUAUUUACUCUUAUGCAUCAUUUAACACAUUAGGGAAAAAAUGUCAUAUUGCGUAUACUGGGCAUUAGAGGCCAAAACAUGUAAUGCAGCCUAUUACCAUAUUUUUAAUGCUAUUAUCAAAGAAAAGAACUGUGAACUUUAUGAAUACAUCAAUGAAUAUUUUUCAAAGCUUUCUAGUUGUUAAGUAAUAUCAUGGGCAAUACUGUCAUAAUGCAAUAUUAAUUAGUUCUAUCUAUAUAAUGUCAAAAAAGUCAUUGUUCUAUAUUAUUGUUGUAAGUUGCUAAAAUCCAUGCAAAUGCUAUUCUUGCUCAUCAUUUUAUGGUGCUACAAUGUAAGGUAUAUCACACAAAAGUAUGAAAACGCAACUAAUUAUCAUGUUUUACUUUAGGAUACUAAAGGGAAUCUUUACCACUCAUUCUUUCUGAGGUAAAUGAUUUCUUAGCAUUUGAUUGUAAAUAAAGCUGUAAAGACCAAAUGGAGCAAUAGUCCUCCAUGCCCUGGUCAACCCUUCAAAUAGUUACCAUGUAACUAUGUACCAUUACUUGGUGAUGAUGAUGUGCAAGCACAUACCGAUCAAUUAAGGUAUACAAUGUGUUAAUGAGCCGAGCAAGCGUUAACACGUUGUACUUAUGUCUCUGUUAAGUCACUAAUAGCCAAUUAAAAUGUAAUUGUGAUUUAAA